AUGCUGAAGGCAAGGAAUUUAAUAGGCAAGAUGUCAUUACCGGCACGUUAUUUACCUGGGGUGAAUCGUUCUAUGACUAAAUUAGAUAAGUCCUCCUUCACCAAGACAAUUCCUUUAGUAGUUGUCAGUUUUCCGGAUCCAAAGAACAUUUCUGUAUUCUCUAGCUGUUUUAAAGAUGAAAUUCUUAGGAUUCCUCGUAUUCCCCAUGUGAUUAAAUUGAAUACCUCUGAGGAAAAUUCAGAUGCAGCUCAGGAGCCUCCAUUAAAGAAGAAGACUGUCGCUAAUGACAAUCACGUUAUUAAAGGAAUUCUGUUGAAAGAUUCCGUCACUAGUGUGGAUGAUGUUGCCCUUCAAUUGUCCCUGGAUGCUCAGGAAUUUUUGAGAUCCGCCAAUGCAGAAGUUAUAGGUUACGAUUAUAAACUGAAUUACGAUUUUUACAAGGCAGAAGAAAUUUUGAAGGCCAUACUUCCCGAAGAAUACUUGGACGAAGUGCCGUCGGGCUUCACUGUCACUGGCCAUAUUGCUCAUUUAAACCUUAGAAAGGAAUUCAAACCAUUUGGUGCGUUGAUUGGUCAGGUGAUAUUAGAUAAAAAUCGGCAAAUCGAGACAGUUGUGGAUAAAGUUGAUUCUAUAGCUACCAAAUUUAGGACGUUUGAAAUGAAAGUGCUAGCUGGUAGGGAUGACUUACUGGUUACCCAAAAAGAAUCAAACUGCUCAUUCACUUUUAACUUCAGCAAAGUAUACUGGAAUUCGAGGUUACACACCGAGCAUGAGAGGUUAGUAAGAGCGUUCAAGCCAGGUCAAGUCGUUUGUGAUGUGUUUGCAGGUGUCGGUCCGUUUGCUAUUCCAGGUGGAAAGAAAGAAGUUUUUGUUCUUGCAAAUGAUUUAAACCCUGAGUCAUAUAAUUUUAUGUGCACAAACAUCAAGGAUAACAAGGUUGAGCAAUUUGUUAAACCAAACAACUUGGACGGGAAACAUUUCAUCAAUAAAAGUCCAUUAUUAUUGCAGGAAUGGAUAGCUGAGACCUCCGGUAAGAUUGUUGUUCCCGACGCAAAGAAAUACAAAAAUAAGACCACAGGGAAAAUCGAACUGCCCCCGCCUAGAAACGUCAUAUUACCGAAACACAUUCAUCAUUAUGUGAUGAAUCUGCCGGAUAGCGCUUUAUCCUUUCUCAGUGAGUUUGUUGGGCUAUAUUCCCGUCACGGAAUGACUCUUACAUCGACAUUUUCUGAUGCUGACUUUACAUUGCCGUGGAUUCAUUGCCACUGUUUUGAAAAAUAUGAACCUGAAGAGAGUCCAGAGCCUACAAUGGAAAUUCUACAUGAUAGAAUUUACAAUAGAAUCCUUAAAAUAAUGGAUACUAACAAAGAUGUCCUACAAAGAGACGGUUUUAGCUAUCAUUUAGUCAGAAAAGUUGCCCCAACGAAACCGAUGUUCUGUGUUUCGUUUCAGCUCCCACAAUCUCUUGCCUUCAAGGAAUAUAUUUAG